AUGAAUGGUAGCUGUAAGCUAGAAGAAGACCGAUCCCUUCAAUUAGAAAAGAAGGAAAGAGAUCACCCCUCGGAAUCAAACGUUUGGGGGAAGAAAAUAAGAUUCAAAGGAAGUGUCCGGGACGAAGGAGGGAAGUUCUACAAAGAAAACGUUUACAUGUCCAGAGGCAAAGUAAGAACAGCUGCUGAAGUCUGUGCAGACUGUUCAGCACCUGAUCCUAUAUGGGCAUCAGUCAACAGGGGUGUUCUUAUAUGCCAUGAAUGCUGUAGUGUACAUAGGAGCCUGGGGCGCCAUAUAUCACAAGUGAAGCAUCUUAAAAAGGCACAAUGGACUCCAUCACGGCUAACUAUGGUGCAUCAGCUCUACAGCAGUGGUGCCAACAAUAUCUGGGAACAUUCUUUGUUGGAUCCCUCACAGAACAAACAUUGCAAGAAGAAACCCCAACCACAUGACCCUGUUCACCCUAACAAAGAUCAUUAUAUCAGGACAAAAUAUCAGUUUUUGUCCUUUGUCAAUCAGGGCAAAGAUGGUGAUGUGUCAACAGUUGAAGACCUUAGUAAGCAAUUGCACUCAAGCGUGCGUACAAGUAACUUGGAAACAUGUCUGAGAUUGCUGUCUAAAGGUGCUGACCCGAACUACUUCAAUCCAGAAAAAAACAAUUGUCCCUUACAUGUGGCUGCAGCAGGUGGGCAAUCGUCUCAGGUGGAGCUGUUGGUGGUCUAUGGAGCUGACCCUGGCUGUGUGGAUGCUAAUGGUAAAACCCCCAUUGAUUAUGCUAGGUCUGAAGGUUACAUUGAUCUAGCACAACGGCUGGUGGAAUGCCAAUAUGAAUUAACAGACAGACUAGCCUAUUUUGUAUGUGGUCGGAAACCUGAUCACCGGUGUAACCAUCAUUUCAUCAUCCCCGAGAUGGCUGACAGGUUGGUAGAUUUCGCUUCUGAUAUGGGCAGUCGACAACAACACAACGCGGCCAACUCCUUACGACGAGGGGUGAUGAUGAAACAGAUGCAAAAUCACGGCCUUUACCCACCUAACUGUCCUGGCCAAAAAUGUGGAUUACAUAAUUGUAGUUCGACCAGUCUAGAUAUUUCUGAAUUGGCAAAAGAAGCAAAGAAAAUGCUCCAAGCACUUCCAAACAAUUUAUUUGAAGAACUUGCCAUGGAUGUUUAUGAUGAAGUUGACAGACGAGAAAAUGAUGAAAUUUGGGUUUCUUCAAAUGAGCAAAGCUCAACUAUAAAUAUUACAAUUCCAUUUCUUCCUGUGAAUCCAGAAUUUUCUACAACAAGGAAUCAAGGUCGGCAAAAACUGGCUCGGUUCAACCCUAGAGAAUUUGUUACUCUCAUUAUUGAUAUACUUAGUGAUGCCAAGAGGAGACAGAUGGGGACAGCCUCAGUUGCAAUCACACCUAAAGAACACAAAAUCUGUGACCGCAACACUUACGAUUCUGGUCUGAAGAUAUCAACAAAGAUGAUUUUUUCACCUGCUGGCCGUACAUCAGCAGUGCUGUCAGGUCAGCAAAGGAAUUCUCGAGGUUACAGCCAGGUAUCAAGUGAUGAUGAACCAUUGUAUGAUAGUGUUGCCUCUGAUGAAGACUACAGUAGUAUUGAUACACAGAGUAUAAAGAGUGCCAAAGAAGAGAUGAAGAAAGAUCGACCUGCAGAUUCUCGGAUUAUCCAUCGUGAGACCACACCUACUUCAAUGGUGUCCUUCACAGAGAGCAUGACAUCUGAACAAGUGGAAGGACCUGUAUCUACUGAAGAUUUCCUUGAGAUGAAAAAAGCAUUAUCAAAUUCAGAGUGUCGUGUACAGCAGCUUCUUCAAACCCAAAUAGACUUAAAAACUGAAGUGAACCGACUAAAGACUUUGGUAAAUUCCUUAGUAGAAGAAAAUUCCCUUCUAAAGAGAGACAAGUGUGGGAACAACAACAAUAACAAUAAUAACAACAACCCUAACAUGGUAACAGCAGCUACAAGCACCAGCAUGCUGAAUGGUCUGCCCCAGGGACGGCAGAAUAGGCAAUCGGCUACACCACCUCACAGUACAAUAGUUACAGAUUUAAAACGGAUUCCAGGCACUGCUCGACCUCAGUCAAUGUUUGAACCAAGAGACCAUCAAAGACUCUCAAGAAUGGGUAAAGAUAAAGAAGACCUGCCUACAGCCAUGUCAGUGACAAAUAUCCAUUUUGGAGAGGACCAGACCGGUGUAAAAAACUGCAUGAGUAGCUCUCCAAGCCCUGUACACAGCAAUGUUGCUAGUGGGGGUGAGGAUUGUGACUUUGAAAAUGCCAGUAAUACUAGUGGUAGUCGGAAGAACUCCCAAGGGAGUGAUGUGCACAAGAGCUCUCUUCAAAGUAUAAGUGAGGCUGCUCCACUUAGGAAAACCCCAUCUGCUGUUUUUGAAGAGAUGGCAGGAGAUGUUAUUGGAUUACCUACACAAGCUGAAGUAGUAAAAAAAACUGAAAAAAUUACAAAAAAAAUUCAAGAACUUUUGCAGUCAGCACAAGAAGAAAAAUAUGAAAGCUUUGCACCUUGUUCACUUAAAAUUCAUGCAGCAGUUGUUGAUAUGGCUUCCCUAUUUCCCAAGAGAUUGCCAAAGGCUGAAAGUAUCCGAUGUGCCUUACUCCUGUUAACAAGCAGUGCUACACGGCUGACAGAAGAAUGUCAAGAAUGCCAGUUGAGCCAUGAGCAACAUCAAAGUUUUGACCCUCAGUUAAAGACUCAGCAAGUGAUACAAUCUGCAUUUGAUAUUGCAAAAGCAGCCAAACAAUUAGUCACUCUUUUCCAAUAA